AUGACACGCAAGAACAAAUGGUGCAAAGGCUUUCUUGGAUUUGAUGUGCUAAAAUUUGCUAAUUUAACAUAUCCGCAACAAGGUUUUGGUCUUGUAACAAGCCUCAGCAAGGAAUAUAUUUUCUACCCUUUGGAUGGUUUUUUUGGACUAGGGUGGCAAGCUUUAGCUUUUCAUGAAAUCAUACCACCAAUACAAAAUGUACUUGGAAAGUUGGAUCAACCAGUGUUCACCAUUUACUUAAGAAAAAAUUUCAAACCAUCUGAAGAAAACGAAGGUGGAUUGAUCACCUACGGUGGCACUGACCCUGAACAUUGCUCAUCUGAUAUCAACUGGUUACCACUUUCAUCCCUUACCUAUUGGCAGUUCCUACAGACUGGGCAACAUAUGUUAUUUUUUAGUUUCUCAGUGGGACGAACUUCAAGCAACACUUGGCAUGAAGCAAUUUCUGAUACGGCAACUUCAUGGAUCAUUUUACCGCUUUAUGAAUACAAAAUAAUUUUGCACGAACUUGGUGCCGUGUAUACCUAUGGUAUGACAACUGUGCCAUGCAAUAUUACUCAAACUGCACCACCAAUCAGUUUAAUAAUUGGAGAAAAAGCUUUUGCUAUACCUGCUGAAGAUUACGUUAUUGAUGUAAGUUACAAUAUUAGCUAA